CCAUGCACAACGUGUCAACUCACACGACAAGAAAAUUGUGCAAUUCGACAAAACUAAAGUUCAAGGUAAACUAGUAGCACUACGUAGCAUUUUAACAUUUGCCUCUACAACUGGUGGAUGUUGUGUUCUGCCCAGAAGGUGUCUGUUUAAAGCCAGAGCUAUCAGCACAAAUGGGAGAGUGGGGAUUCCUGUCAUCACUGCUGGACAAAGUGCAGUCGCACUUCACGGUCAUCGGAAAGGUUUGGAUGACCGUCCUGUUUAUCUUCAGGAUCAUGGUCCUCGGAGCAGGGGCGGAGAAGGUGUGGGGCGAUGAGCAGUCUAAUAUGAUUUGCAAUACCAAACAGCCUGGCUGUAAGAACGUAUGCUACGACCACGCCUUCCCCAUCUCUCAUAUCCGCUUCUGGGUCCUUCAGAUCAUCUUCGUCUCCACCCCAACGUUGGUGUACCUGGGACAUGUCAUGCACAUCAUCCACAAGGAAAAUAAACUGAGGCAAUGGCUAAGUCAGGCAGGCAAUGAGAUGGGGAAAAUGCCUAAGUAUUCUGACGAGAAGGGUCAUGUCAAAAUCAAAGGUGAAUUGCUGGCCAGUUAUACAGUCAAUAUAUUCUUCAGGAUUCUGCUCGAGAUAGUGUUUAUAGUGGGUCAGUAUUACUUGUAUGGGUUUAUCCUGGACCCCAAGAUUGAAUGCAGCAGAGCUCCCUGUCCGUUCACUGUAGAAUGCUUCAUGUCACGACCAACAGAGAAGACCAUCUUCAUCAUCUUUAUGCUGGUGGUGGCGUGUGUAUCUCUGCUGCUGAAUGUGGUGGAGAUAUUUUAUCUGAUCUGCUAUCUGAAGUGUGGCUCUGGCUCAAGAAGACGAGCCCAAGAAGUCCAAGCCAUCGCAAUACACAGCUAUCUGGAUGGAGGCAGUACGAUGAAGAACGGGAAGAUGAGUCUUCAUGCAACUGGUCACAGCACUGCCUGAAAUCAUUGAUCACCACUCAACUAUUCAGUGGCAGAGAAAGGAUGCCACUGAAACUGUUCUACAAUAAUGCAGUCUAGAAAAUAUUGCUAGGCUUGGCUUGAUUCUGUAAGUAAGGGUAAAUACGAUGCAGUAGGUGAAACAGGACCGAAGCUUUGAGCUUUGAUUUAUUUUCCUCCAAACCAACAUGUUGUAUUUGUUCAUUGUGUGCACUAGAAGGAAAUCAAAUGCUAUGCAACCUAAUUUUCAGCAGUCUUGUCGCUCCUCAGUGAGAUGGUCAUCGAAGUGGCUUUUUGUGAUCAUGUAUGAAUGUUGAUUAAUGUGAUUCAUCAUACAUUGUUUGGGAUAUUGAAACCACACUGACCUAAAGUGACAAAAAAAUUAUCCGGAAAAUAUUUGUGACUUUCAAUAUUUGUAAAUAUGUCAGUUUGAUUUUUGUAUUUAUUUUAUGUGGUUGUAAAUAAAAUUUCAAAAACGUAAA